GUUCGUGGAGUACCUUCCGCGUACGGUUUGACCUUUCACCCCAUGAUGCAGGCGGAAGUAGAAACUACUCACUAACAUCGGGAACACGGUUAGCUACCGCUGGAAGGAUGGAUACGCUAAUUCUGGAGCCCUCGCUGUACACGGUGAAAGCCGUCUUAAUUAUGGACAACGAUGGAGAAAGACUUUAUGCCAAGUAUUAUGAUGACACGUACCCUACAGUUAAAGAGCAGAAAGCUUUUGAGAAGAACAUCUUCAACAAGACACACAGAACAGACAGUGAAAUCGCCUUGCUUGAAGGCCUUACUGUCGUUUACAAGAGCAACAUAGAUCUAUAUUUCUAUGUUAUCGGCAGUUCGCAUGAAAAUGAGUUAAUGCUCAUGUCUGUGUUGAACUGUCUGUUUGACUCUCUCAGUCAAAUGCUGAGGAAAAAUGUGGAGAAGAGAGCCUUACUUGAAAAUAUGGAGGGCCUUUUCUUAGCCGUCGAUGAGAUUGUAGACGGAGGUGUUAUCCUGGAGAGUGACCCCCAGCAGGUUGUACACCGAGUGGCCCUGAGGGGUGAUGACGUGCCACUGACGGAACAGACAGUCACUCAGGUGCUGCAGUCGGCCAAAGAGCAGAUCAAAUGGUCUCUUCUACGAUAGAUCUCAGCAGUCUUUCUCUUCCACCAAGACAAUGGUGCAUUCGUCAUCACUCCUCUCAUCACUGUUGCCUUUUCCAUUUUCUUUUUUUUUUUUUUUGUUCCUUAUGUGUUUCGGUGCUGUGAUAUUGUAGACUCUUUAAAGGAAAAGAUACAUUAAAUACGCUCAUUGUACACCUUAAGAGAAGACUGAACAACAAAUGGAGUCCUAACAUUUAUGCAAACUAUCGUCCAUUUAUGAUGACUUCUGUAUCUGCAUCACUUUUCAGCAUGAAGUCAUCACUGUUAUAUAAACCGUUUCUUUUCAGUAAUCCAGACAAAGAGCGAGUGAGUACCUGCAUUUCUGUCUUUAGCAGAGACUUUCUAAUUAUUCCACCCCAAGCGGUUUUCAGUGUGUGUGUGAGGAAAUACUCACAAGGCUGUGUGAAGGACAAAUGUGAUUCAAGUACAUUCCAGUGAACCUUCCUGCUGUUUUCCAUGGUCAUGUUAUGAUUUAAAUAAAAAUGACUGUUUUGCCAUUGGGACUGUA